AUGCUGCUCAUGAACAUUUGGUCACUGAAUCCUUCAGUGGUGGGGUUGCUUGGGAUCGAUCGCAAUGCUGACGAGGCUCCAAUCAAUGAAGAAGGCUUACAGGAGGCCAUGAAGCAUCACCCUGUCCGUCGUGGUGACGAAGCUCAGUUCAAAGACAUCUCCAAAGCAUACGAGGUCGUGUCCGACCUUCAGAAGUGUCAAAUCUAUGACGCUUACGGCGAAGAAGGACUGAAAAAGGUGCUGGUGCAGAUGCAGGAGCGGGAUAGCACAAACUACCCGCAGCUGGGCUUCGUCUGCGGCAUCGAGCGGCAAACGCCGGACGACGAAACUGGCCAGCCGGAUCAGUUCACGAAGGCCGGCAGCACAAAUAGUUGA